AAAUCUCUUCCUAUUAAUCAUUGAGUUUGAGUGAGUCUCAAAAAUCAUAGUGAAAGCACACGAGUUCGUUACUCUUGCGCAACCAUGACUACCUACGGCACAAUCCCAACCUCGUCUUCACCCUCAACCAACCUCGAGUUCAUCUCACGCGCCAAAUUCAAGAUCAAGGAGGGGCUUGCAACUCGCCGGCCAUGGAAGGUCAUGUUCAAUUUCCGGUCGUUCGGGUUUCCCGGCGGCUUCUCCGCUACAGUCUCGCGCGUUCGGACGAACAUCGCUUACUUCCAGAUGAACUACGCGAUCGUGGUGCUGAUUGUGCUGUUCCUGAGCCUGUUAUGGUACCCAAUCUCGCUCAUCGUGUUCGUGGUUCUCAUGGCGGCGUGGCUAUUCCUCUAUUUCCUCCGUGACGAGCCGUUAGUCAUCUUUGGGCGCCUAAUCAAUGACCGCAUCGUGCUCAUCGUCAUGUCGGUGCUGACGGUGCUGCUGCUGCUGCUCACCGGCGCAACGGUCAACAUCCUGGUGGCGCUUCUCAUCGGAGUGGUGUUGGUGGUGUUGCACGCCGCUCUGAGGAAGACGGAUGAUUUGUUCGUGGACGAAGAAGAAGCCACGCGCUUAACUCCUCCUGGUGCUCCUGCUUCUUGAUUUUAUCAAUGUUGUUAUUGAUUUUGUUAUUUGGUGAAUUUAGUAAAUAAUUUUAGAUUUGAUUCCCUUUAAUGUUUUUGGCUGUGAAGAAAGUUGUUGCUACGAUGCUUGCUGUUGUUGCUGGGUAUCGUGAAAUUCGAUUCAUGCUGUUUGUUAACUGCAUUAGAAUUUUUAUCCACUUUUUUUAUUUUUUGUUGUCUAUGUUCUUCUUUGGUUCUGACUUUGAACCGAAUUGGUAAUUGGAAUUGGUUUGGAAAGUUGAGUGGAAAGGCAAUGAAUUGACAAAUCUGCCAAAGGGAACAAGGGGUCCCUACUGCAAUGGGUUUGGGUCUCUAAUUGCGACCUUUGUUUAUGCAUUAAAUGGGACAGUUUCAGGGUUUUUUCUUUGCAAAUUAUUACUACUUCUACAUGGUUCAAGUAACUUUUGCCUGCCACCCAGCAAAGUUUUUGGAGGUAAUACAUGAUUAAAAAAC